AUGUAUAGACUCUGUUCCGUGGAUCUUGACACUUGUCGAGUUCUUCAUUUGGAAAUCAAUCAACGUGUUGAUGGCAGAUCAGCGUCGCCACAUGGUAUACAACAAAAAAUGUGCAGGGACUUUUUGUCUGAGUUUGGUGACUCGGGAACGCUGGUAGCCCCUCGACGAGAUCUGAAGGAGAUCAUGGUUGUGGGACGAGCCGACUUUGUUUCAAAUUCAGCUGUGAAGUUUCAGCAGUGGCUCCGAGAGCAGUGUGUAACGGUCAAAUCAGUCGAUAGCGCAGACACGGUUUCAUUGGAGGAGUGCCUUCGAUAUUCUUUAUUUGUGUGGCUCGAAUCGCAGCAGUACUAUCGAUGUGGUAAGGCUCUGAUCAAAGGACCUUUUCUUGGCACGGACCCUUCUACCGUGGUAAGAAUCUGUAAUAUUCGUGGUGCAUUGUACUUCAACAGGAGAAAUAUUUCUUCGCAUAUCGCCGGAGACAGUUCGUCUGUUCCCACUGGAGUGCUGGCAAGUUCAGGACUGUUCAACAGAGACGCGCUGGGUUUACUGUUUACCCAAAUAUUCAAAGAAAUUUCGAUGCGUCUCAAAUUCCAGUAA